AAACUCUUUAUUCUAUCAUUAAUCUACAGGAUGUUUUGGUAUGAGAUAGAGUUGAGGGAGAAGAAGAAAGAAGAAUCAUGGAAAGAACGGAGAGUAGUAAAAGAACGGAUUAGAUGAUUAAUACGUGCGGCGUGACCAAAAAUACGUGCGCAGACGGAAAAAAAAAGGAUAGCGUUUUCCGUUUAGGCUGUUGGCAUUAAAGAGGGUGGAGAUGUAGAGAACAAAGAAAGGAAAUCAAUAGAACCAGAAAUUCUCAAUUUCAUCCAAAUAUCUCAAAAUGGGUUUGUCGCUAAUCAAUUCAACAACCAUUUCCCUAAGAUUUUCUCCCGAACCCAAACUCAUUCUCCCAAAAUUUCAUCAAAAUGUGAAUUUUUAUGGAGAUGGGUUUUGCAAAAACCUUUCCUUUACAACAACAACACCCAGAAGAUCCUUGUUGUCUAUAAAAUCUGAGUUUCCUAAUGAGAAAAGUUACUCUAAGAUUGGUGCUCAAUCAACUGGACCAAUUCCUGCAAAACAACUCCUUCAAGUAGUUGAGCUUGCUGCAAACACUGGUGCUAAGGUUGUGAUGGAUGCAGUUAACAAACCUCGAAACAUUAGUUAUAAAGGGCUCACGGACUUGGUGACCGACACAGACAAGAUGAGCGAGACUGCUAUUUUGGGAGUUGUAAACGAAAACUUCAAAGAUCACCUUAUUCUCGGAGAAGAAGGUGGACUCAUAGGGGAUUCAUCUUCUGAUUAUUUAUGGUGCAUCGAUCCUUUAGAUGGAACAACAAAUUUUGCGCAUGGGUAUCCCAGCUUCGCAGUAUCAGUAGCAGUUCUCUUCCGAGGAAAGCCAGCUGCUGCUGCAGUGGUUGAAUUUGUUGGAGGUCCUAUGUGUUGGAAUACCCGUACAUUUUGUGCAUCAGCCGGUGGGGGGGCCUUCUGUAAUGGACAGAAAAUUCAUGUUAGCCAAACUGAUCAGGUGGAGAGAUCUCUUCUCGUGACUGGAUUUGGAUAUGAGCAUGAUGAUGCAUGGGCGACCAACAUAAAUUUAUUUAAAGAAUUUACUGAUAUCAGCAGGGGUGUGAGGCGGCUUGGUGCUGCUGCUGUGGACAUGUGUCACGUUGCGUUAGGGAUUGUGGAGUCUUACUGGGAAUAUCGUCUGAAACCUUGGGACAUGGCUGCUGGAGUUCUGAUAGUUGAAGAGGCAGGUGGGAUUGUUUCACGGAUGGAUGGUGGAGAGUUCUGUGUGUUUGACAGAUCUGUUAUUGUGUCCAAUGGAAUUCUCCAUUCAAAGCUUCUGGAGAGAAUAAGUCCGCCAACACAGAAACUGAAGGACAACGGGAUUGAUUUCUCCUGGUGGUUUAAGCCAGAGAAUUACCAUACCGAUCUUUAAACUUUCGCUGCCAGUAUCUUUUGUGUUAGUCUUCAUUUGUAUAGGAAGUUUAUAGAGUGAAAAGUUGUUUAUAGAGUGAAAAGUGAUUUAUACGGUACACAUUGACUUCACUGUAACUUUCAAGAUUCCAGCGUUCUACCCAUCAGCAAUGUAAUCACUAACUUGGCACGGGAGGCUGUCUGGUUCUAAACGUUGCAUGUUAAGUUAACCUGGUCUAACAAUAAUACUAUUAUUAUAUAGAGUUACUGCAGAUUACGCAGUCAUGU